UUGGGAAAGUUUAUGGUGUGCCUGUUUCUCUAUUCUACAUUGGCUUGGUGUGUGUGGUACUUUUAAUUUCUGUACUGCGUGUCUGUUUUCUGCCCUAAAUGAGGACCGCAAUUUUUUCUCAUCUCGAUGAUGACAUUACAAAUCGGCGGAACUCUCUCGGUUUGAUUUGCUUAGGCAAGGAGGACGUUUGACUGUUGAAUUAAAAUGAACAAAAACAAUAAUCUUCUAAUGUCGGAUGUGGGCUACAACCCCGUGUAGCCUAGGUUGGUAUUCCAGGGAGAGCGCAGAAAUAUGAUUUGAUGUUCAUUUCUCACGGAAUGCGGGAUGAUGGAGUUGCAAUAUUAACCGGGAAAUAUUCCCCAACGGAGUAGGAGCAGCAGUUGGCCUGUUGGAUUACGUCAAAACUAGUUGCUAAACCUUCACUUUCAUUCCAUUUCCAGGCUCUUUACAAAGUUAAACUCAUAAUCCGCGUUGAUGUUGGCAAAAACGUCCAAGUGCGCCAGCCCACAUUCAUCGUUCUUCCCCCAGAGGAGGACAGCCACCUUGGGGGUUAGAUGGUUCUGAUCACGGACGAGAGAGACGGAGGUGGCUCCUCUACUACGGCCCGUGUCAAACAGCACCAGCAGCAGCAGAGCCCCAAAGGCGCCAGCCCUUUCGCCCAGGUACACCCGACCAUUACCGACGAACCGCCUUCCUUAUCAGACGACGACUCAUACCUCGGGUCCUGUGAGUCUGAGGGAGACGGGGAGGAUAACUAUGAGGAAUACGACGAUUUCUCGUUAUUACCGGACACCAAGAGUAUCGCCUCGGACGACUCAUUCUACCCACCUGACGAUGCGUUCGCGGACAACGAGCGGACCCCCUCUCCGCAGAGCCCCGAGCCGCUGUCGUUCUUCCAGGCGUGCUGCACCAACAACGCCACGAUAGUCCGGAUCAUGAUCCGACAAGGUGUGAGGGAGGCGGAGGUGAGGGAGACGGAUAAAAACAACAGGACGGGGUUGAUGGUAGCGUGUUACCAGGGUUAUGUUGACGUUGUCAUAGCGUUGGCUCAGUGUUGUCACCUGGAUGUCAACUGGCAGGACACGGAGGGGAAUACCGCCCUCAUCACAGCUGCACAGGCAGGUCACAUAAUGAUCAGUAACUACCUGUUGAACUACUUCCCUGGUCUGGACAUAGAGAGGAGGAACUGCCAUGGCUUCACUGCUCUGAUGAAGGCUGCUAUGCAGGGCAGGGUGGAGUGUGUACGAGCCCUGAUGCUAGCAGGAGCUGACAUGGAGGCGAGGGACUUUGGUCGUCAGCUGACCUCCAGAGAGUGGGCGUUUUUCACAGGACGCUACGACACCGCCUGGGCCAUGACACGCCUCCACUCCAGACCCUGUCCUUAUCAACUGUGUGACGCAUACAGUUCAGAGUGGCCCCAGCUGGCUUCUUUAGUAUCUAAGGCCCGGGAGCCUCGAGGCUGUAUGCAGUAUAUAUCAGACACCAUACGGAAUGCUCUGACAUUCGCUAACAUCACAGAGCCUGACGACGAAGGAGUCUUAGAUCACCUAGUCACCGUGACAACAGCUCUGGGGAGCCCCUUCGUGGCGAUGGCUUGUUCCACGGUGUGUCCGGCAAGCCCGCCCUGCGUGGGUAAACGUCGCUACUCCGUCCCAGAGAUCCUCCGACGCCAACGGACCAAAGAACUGAAAACCCAGAACCCUGAGAGGCUCGACAACCACCGCAAACUCUUCCAGAACUCACGGGUCACUCUGGUGCCCAAACCUCCAAAGGGCCGGCGGUCCAGCCUGCCGCAGCAGAACAAAAACCCCACCACGGCUAACCCUACCCUGGGUACGGUGUCUGGGGCUGGGGCCUCUUCCUCCAUGGCCCUGCGGAAGACUAGCCUGCUGCCCCUGGGUAUGGUGAGGCGUAGCAGUGUGCGGCCGGGGCUGUCCAUUCCCAAGGUGAGAAUCUCUAAGGCCCCAACGCCAACCUAUGAACCUGAGAGGGUCCACAGGAAGAGCAGCUUUAAAGACGGAGGGGGCAACUUCCUGCAGCUCCCCAAGUGGAGGUAUAAAGAACUGAAGGAGGAGAGGAAGAGAGCGGAGGAGGCAGAGAGGAGGAGGGUGGAGGUGGCCACGAAACGGCACCUGGCUGCCAGGAAGAGGAAAUGACAUCACAGGAGGAAGUGAUGUCACUCCACCCUGUCCUCCACUGUUGCCUAGGUAGCAGUUCAGAGGGGGUUUGAUACUUGAAAUGUUUGAUGUCUUAUUUUCCUAUUUAUUAGCUUUUGGGGGGAGUAAGUCACAGUGCUUUAUUUUGUAAUGCAUUUUAUUUAUAAAAUCUGCAGUAUUUUUAUAGUGUGAUUUCUGUAUUACCUGGCACUCACCCAGGUUACAAACCCAUAUGACCUGACUGUGGACAGAUCAUGUCUCACUAAUAUAUCUUACACAUCACAAAUUGAAACGUUAUUGCCUAAAAUGACGACACUAUACGCUUCGGGAAGGGUUAGAAUGGGACAAAUAUAAAGGGUUAAAAUAUUGUGGAUCCUAUAAAACCAUUGAGUAAGCCUACCAGCAAGUCAAACUGACUUAUCGUCAGAGAUACACAUAUGAUAAGCUUUAUUUUGUAACCAAAGGCAUUUGACUGAACAAUAUGUUUAUUUUUAGAUAGGCACUGUGCUUUGAUAUGUUGAAAUGGCGGCUACUUUAUAUUGGCUUUUUGAAAGCUUUUUUAAUUCUGUGAAUGUAUUUUGCAUAUAGAUUGUACCUCAUCAGGUAUUUUUUAUUAUGAGUAUACUAUACAUAAACUUUUUAUUUUCUACUAAAGUAGGCAUAUUUUGAGAAUGUGAAUGAAAAAAAGUCUUAGAGCAAUAUUAUCUAUCAUAUGGGGGAAAACUGGAACUAUAUCCUGAAACGUUUACAUGUUAUGAAUGAGAUCAAAGUAUUGCUACACUGACCUCAGAUCAGCAUCAAUGAGCACCUUCAUCGUGCGCUUAUUACAAACACUUAUGUGUAUUCUUGGUUGAGAAAUUGAAUAGAAUAUAAUCGAUGAAAAUAAUAGCCAGGAGGUAGGAACACAAAUAGCAACUGGAAAGCCUUGAUAUAAUAUAAUAUAAUAUUAUUAUGGUAGGGAUUGAAGAGAAGACAAUUUCACAGUGAGAACCCCAAAGACAAUACAGGCUUUAGGUGCCAUCUUUAAACGUGUCUAAUAGCCAUGGUGAUAAGUUGCUAUGGAGUUACCGGGGGGCAGUGGUUGGCCCAAAAAUAUUUUAUGUAAAUAAAUGGAGCAAGCUAGGCAGCAGGAGUGUAAAACUAAAAUGCUGCCUCAAGGGAGGUAUUCUGAAACGGAACAUUUGGAAGUGCAUAUUUCGACUCGCCCCCAGACAUAUCACAAACACUCCAGGUCAAUUCUGUGUCUGCCCAAGUAUGCACUGGUUCGCUGCCCCUCAUGGAUUUAAAAGGAAUGGACUGAAUAUGGAUGAAACUCUCUAAACUCUCUGCUUAUACGAGUAAUUAAAAAAUAUAUAUAUUUAUUGAACAAGUGUACACUUCUCUCAGGAAGCCACACUGUUGUACGAAUUCACAAAACGGAUUCACAUGGUUUGUAUGUAUGUUUGUUUGAGUGGUAAUGGAACCACAAGGGGACCAGCAAUAUCCAGGUCAUGUAUUCUACAAUGUUCUUGUUUAUGGUGAAUAAAAACACAACUGGAUUGCAAUGCGCUCUACUGUUUGUG